AUGACGCCCGCCGCCGCCGCCGCGCAAAUCCGCCAACGCCUCCUGUUCAUCUCCCCAUCCACCUCCCCCUCCUCGCCGUGCUGCCGUCUGCGCCUGCCGGCUCGCCCCCGCGCCGCGCCCCGCUCCAUGUCCGCCGAGGCACGGCCGGCGCCGUCGCCCGUGGCCGUGCCGCCGCCGGCGCACCCCACCUACGACCUCAGCGCGGUUAUCGCCCUCGCCCUCUCCGAGGACGCCGGCGACCGAGGGGAUGUGUCGUGUUUGGCUACCAUACCAACUGAUGUGAAAGCCGAAGCCACCUUUAUUGCUAAGGAGGAUGGUGUCAUCGCAGGCAUAAGCCUAGCUGACAUGGUAUUUAAACAAGUUGAUCCGUCAUUGAAGGUUGAAUGGUUUGAAGAUGAUGGAAAUCUUGUGCACAAGGGGUUGCAGUUUGGCAAAGUUUAUGGGUGUGCUCAGAGUAUUAUUGUUGCUGAGAGGGUUGUGCUCAAUUUCAUGCAAAGAAUGAGCGGAAUCGCCACAAUGACAAAGGCCAUGGCUGAUGCUGCUCGUCCAGCAUGCAUAUUGGAAACAAGGAAAACUGCUCCAGGUUUACGUCUGGUUGACAAGUGGGCAGUGCUAAUUGGUGGCGGAAAGAAUCACAGGCUUGGUUUAUUUGAUAUGGUUAUGAUAAAGGAUAAUCAUAUUUCUGUUGCUGGGGGCAUUACAAACGCAAUGACAUCUGUUGAUCAGUUCUUGGAGAAGGAAAAGCUUGCAGUUCCUGUUGAGGUUGAGACGAGGACACUUGAGGAAGUUAGAGAUUUAUUGAAGUACUCUGACGAGAACAAGACGUCAUUAACUCGUAUAAUGUUAGAUAAUAUGGUCGUCCCUCUUCCGAAUGGGGAUAUAGAUGUAUCAAUGCUCAAAGAUGCAGUUAAAUUGAUAAAUGGCAGAUUUGAAACUGAGGCAUCUGGAAAUGUGACGAUGGACACUGUGAAGAAAAUCGGAGAAACAGGAGUUACAUAUAUUUCAAGCGGAGCAUUAACACAUUCUGUGAAGGCGCUCGACAUCUCUCUCAAGAUAGACACCGAACUCGCUCUUGAGGUCGGAAGGCGCACGAAUCGCGCCUGACUCGAGAAGAUGUUACUAACCGCUACAAUAAAAAAGGAUGGCAAAACCUUGUUCUCCGCACAAAUAUCCAAUUUGUACCAAUACCAGGAUACUAUACAUACACAACAGAACAAAUCCCUGGACACCCAGCGUGCAGCUCCCGUGACUUCCAGCGCCGUGCCUGGAAGCUGGAUGACCCAAAACUAGCAACACAACGUUGCAGCUUGCAGUCGUUGCCAGGUAUUCAAGGCAAGUGAUAUGCCCUGGCAGAUGGGAACUGUAAAUGCAAAUGCGGCGUUCGUUGUAUGUGACACCGCAACGCACUUGCUUGGCAGAGACAGGGAACAGCGAAACGGGUUUGGUUUGCCUUACUAAAUUGCCCUCUUGACAAAAAUGUAUACCGUCAACUGUGUACUUUCUCGUUUGCUAACGUGGUGGAUGGUUUUCUGA